GCAGCGAGAGGGAGAAGCAGCGCGACAGGAACCUGAGGGCUCGUUUUUAUUCAGCUUGUUUUAAAGAUUAACACACUCCGGGAAGGGUGACAGAAAGUUUACGGAUUUAUAUCCGAAGUUCAUAAAGAUCGGCAGUGGAUCCGGAAGGAGCUGAGCGUCAAUAAAGCCGUACUGGUUGGAGAUGACACCUGCAGCAGCCUUGCCUUGAGUUUGGCUCCCUUUUGAGAGGGAAAGACAGAGCAAUGGGUGAAACAGAGGACGAGAGGAGCUCUCAGGCCAGCCAGCUCUUCGAGAACUUUGUUCAGGCUUCCACAUGUAAAGGCACUCUCCAGGCUUUCGGCCUGCUGUGCAGGCAGCUGGAGCUCGACCCGGCUGAUCACCGAGGCUUCUACAGCAGUCUGAAAGCAGCAGUCACCUCCUGGAAGGCCAAAGCACUGUGGACCAAGCUGGAUAAACGAGCCAACCAUAAGGAGUACAAGAAGGGUAGAGCAUGCGCAGAUAUCAGGUGUCUGAUCAUCGGCGGAGGCCCCUGUGGGUUGCGUACAGCCAUCGAGUUGGCUCUCCUUGGAGCCAAAGUGGUGGUGAUCGAGAAGAGGGACUCGUUCUCCAGGAACAACGUUCUCCAUCUUUGGCCUUACACCAUCCACGACCUGAGGAACCUCGGAGCCAAGAAGUUUUACGGCAAGUUCUGUGCCGGAGCCAUAGACCACAUCAGUAUUCGUCAGCUGCAGCUGAUCCUGCUGAAGGUGAGUCUCAUCGUCGGGGUGGAGGUGCACGUCAACGUCGAGUUCCUCAAACUCCGGGAGCCGCCUGAAGAACAGGAUAAGGAUGGGCUGGGAUGGAGAGCCGAACUGCAUCCCGCUGGUCACCCCAUCUCUGACUACGAGUUCAAUGUGUUAAUAGGAGCAGACGGACGAAGAAGCACGCUAAACGGUUUCAAAAGGAAGGAAUUUCGAGGCAAGCUGGCCAUCGCCAUCACAGCCAACUUUGUGAACCGCAACACCACAGCGGAGGCCAAGGUGGAGGAAAUCAGCGGCGUGGCUUUCAUCUUCAACCAGAAGUUCUUCCUUGAGCUUAAGGACGAGACGGGGAUUGAUUUGGAGAAUAUUGUAUACUACAAGGACAACACGCACUACUUCGUCAUGACUGCGAAGAAACAGAGUUUGCUGGAUAAAGGUGUUAUUAUUAACGACUAUAUUGAAACAGAACGACUCCUGCACAGUGAUAACGUCAGUCAGGAGGCUCUGCUCUCCUACGCCCGGGAGGCCGCUGACUUCGGCACCAACUACCAGCUGCCGUCGCUGGACUACGCCAUGAACCACUACGGACAGCCCGACGUCGCGAUGUUCGACUUCACCUGCAUGUACGCGUCGGAAAACGCAGCGCUCAUAAGGGAGAAGAACGGACACCAGCUGUUGGUGGCUCUGGUUGGAGAUAGCCUUCUGGAGCCCUUUUGGCCGAUGGGGACAGGAUGUGCUCGAGGCUUCCUGGCUGCGUUCGACACGGUGUGGAUGGUGCAGGGUUGGGUUCAGGGCAAAGCCCCUUUGGAGGUGUUGUCCGAGAGGGAAAGCAUCUACAGGCUGCUGCCUCAAACCACAGCAGAAAACCUCAGUAAGAACUUUGAGCAGUACACCAUCGAUCCUGCAACUCGCUACCCCAACCUCAACUCCACCUGCGUCCGACCACACCAGGUUCGGCAUCUAUACAUCAACGGGGAGCAGAACUCGGGUUCGCUGGAGGAGCGAAGUGGACCUACGCGCAGGUCUAUCAGUAUCUCCAGGAAAGAAUCGGAGGUGCGGCCCAGCCGCUUGUUGCUGUGGUGUCAGAAGCAGACCCAAGGAUACAGAGGAGUAAAUGUUACUGACCUUACUACAUCCUGGAGGAGUGGCCUCGCCCUGUGCGCCCUUAUCCACCACCAACAUCCUGACCUCAUUGAUUUCGAUUCUCUAAAUGAAGCAGACAGCGCCAAAAACAACCAGCUUGCGUUCGAGGUGGCCGAGAAGGCGUUCGGCAUCCAGCCACUCAUCACUGGGAAGGAAAUGGCGGCUGAGCAGGAGCCCGAUAAACUCGUCAUGGUGCUCUACCUGUCCAAGUUCUACGAGAUGUUCCACAACUCCUCCCUGCCUUCCUCAGGGGCUCCGAGAGAGACCAAUGAGGACAUUUCAUCCAAUAACUCCGUUUACAACUUGAUGAACCUUGUGCUGCCCAGGAAACGGAUUCCAAAGGAUGACAAAAAGGUCGAAGACAAUGAUUUGAGCAAGAGAAGAAGAAAAGGCAUCAACUACCUGGAAGAGCUGUCCAAACGGAGUACUUCGACUGCAGUGGAAGAGGGCGAGCAAAAGGAGAAUAAAGUGCGCUCCAUGGCAACUCGACUUCAGGCCAAGUUUGAGGAGAACGCACCUAGCUGUCGUCGACAGUCGGCGUCCGAUUCCUGUUCUGUAAAGCCUGUUUCUCUGGACAUGACCGAAAACCCUCGUUUUGCUAAACCCAAGCUCCAGUCCUCACCCCCUCCUGCUUCUCCCAAACCAAAGUGGCAGCCAUCCCCUUACCUGAAACUCCUCGAGUCUCGAAUGCAGCCUGGUCACAAACACGCCCACCAGGAAACCCAACACGUUCAAGUACAGCCAGCUUACCACAACAUGGACGACCAAUCAGGCUUUCAGACCCUAGAAGCCCAGUUCACUUGUCAGACAGAACCUUGGUCUCCUCAUGAACCUCCUGAACCUCGAACCAGUCUUCAAUGCCUUUCUGUCUCGGCUACACAGCUGUUGACACUGAAGCGUGUCCUCAAACCUAAAGAGCAACCAUCGAUCAUCAAUAAGUCCUCCGAAACCCCCCUGAUGUCCGCACCUGCUCUGCUGCAGCGACUCAAGAUUCUGGAGGACAAGACCGCUCAGAAGAAAGUCCAGACUCGAAGCGCACGAGAGUUCAGCAAAAAGAGCAUCAGGGAGAGAGCGCAGCAGCUGAGCUUCCUCUUCUCUGGCACGGUGUCUCAGACGAUUGAGCCCGCUCAGGCUUCUCCUCCAAAACCUCUUCCCUGUCCGUCUCUCCCUGAGCCCUCAGCUCUUUCCUGUCUGCCGUCUCCUCUUCCUGAAGCUCAGCCGAAGCAGCGUGACGGACAUUCUCAGCCUGAACAGAUGACUCGCGAUCACCGCGGGCAGAAAAGUCAGUCCGAAAUCAAACGUGUACAAUGCCUUGAUCCUUCCAAACAGAGGACGGUGGGGAAGGUUUCCUCUGUGAUUGGUCUUAAAGCUGCCACUCUGGCCAUCCUUUAUGAAACUGAUCACAGACCCAACAACCCUUACACCCUCUCACUGACCGAGGCCAGGAGAUGCCAGGAGUCUGGUUCGGUGAACCUGAGGAAGGAGUUUGCUCCUGGAAUGGGCGGCAGUGACACCUGCCACUUCUGUAAGAAGCGUGUGUAUGUGAUGGAGCGACUAAGCGCAGAGGGCUACUUCUUCCACCGAGAGUGUUUCCGCUGUGACGUCUGCAGCGCCACCUUGAGGCUGGGAGGACACGUGUUUGACCAAGGCGCUUUUUACUGCAAGCUGCACUUUUCCCAGCACAAAACCAGCCACAGGCUUCGAAAACCAGAGGUCCACAGAGACGACGUGUCCAUGCCUGAUGGCAGCGAUGGGUACUCCACCAGCGGGAGCCUCCCCAGGCAGCCUUCAGACACAAUAGGAAUAAGUUCAUUGCCCAAGACGCAUGAAGAGCACAUCCGGAAAGUUCUGCAGGAUACUGAGAACACGGCAGCGAGUUCAGACAAGGAACAGCGCUCCGAUCUUCCAGAGUUCACCAGCAACAGCAGAGAUGGAGACCUUUCAGUUCAGGAUCUUGCCGUGCAGUCGGAGCCGCUCGGUCCGAGCUCUCCACAGCUCAGCAGCGUGGCGCGCUCGUACACGAAAGGAGAAAUCACCUUCGGAAACAAUCGCUGGAGAAGGAAGAUCAGAGCAACGUUGCCUCUGAUUCUGCUGAAGUCGUUUGACCAGAAAGGUGGCGGAGACGAUGCUCUGUUAGAAGAAGAUGGAGAUUCGGAUUUUGAGGAGCUGCAUGUGCCGCCGGAGCCUGAAAACGAUGCUGCAGACUCUCGCUGCCCUCUACAGGACGAACCAGAGAAAUCCGCCGUAGUUGAGAUUCCUUGUUACCGCACUCAUGGAGUUUCAUCCGUUCCCAAAUCUGACGCGUGUUCUCCAGCGGAGCAACUCGGUGCUUCCAUACACGUACCGGACCAACAGAGCAGUCUCGGCCCAAAGAAAAAACUCACUCUGUCCUUAUCCGAGAAGGAGAAGCUGCUGAAUUGGGACGUGACCACUCCUGGAACAUUUUCACGCACGCCUACAGCCAUCGAUAAAGCAGAAAGGUACAACCGAAGACCCGAAGACGCAACAGAGCCUCAACCGGAGCGGAGUCCAAUCCCUGCGGAACCUGAGCCCAGCCCUCCUGUCUCAGGCUUCCAAAUGUGGGCUGACACGCUGAGAAGAUCCUUCUCUGGAGCAGGAACCAACCCCAAAGUGAUCCGAAGAAACCGUCCUCCCAGACCCCGGCCGCUGUCCGAGGGCUCCUUCAGCUUCAGCUCGCUGUUCGGCGUCUCCGCUCAGAAUCAGGACGAGGACGUGAUGACGCGCUCCAGAGCCGAUACAGAAGGAAGCCAAAGGAGGACAGCAGGCAAGAGCGAGAUCACGGCCAUGUUGGAGCAGGUGGCACUCGGGAACAAGCCGUCAGGGGCUUCCAAAGACGACAUGGACUCCCUGCCACCAAGGAAGCUCAACUUUUUCUCCUCGAUGCGGCUGAACAGGAACGAGGGAGGAGAUGGGAGCAAAACGGACGACCAGACGAAGGACAUCUGGAGCAUUCUGUCCAAGUUCAAAAACAAAGCAUCGUCACAACAGCACCAACAAGAAGGAGGCAGCUAUUCAUCCAGUGAGGAGGACCAGAAAUCCAUCACACAAAUGUCUGAAUCGGGCCGCUCCAAGAGAAGGAGAAAGAAGGAGGAGAAAAUGCUCAUCAUGCAAACCAAGAGAGAGCAGCUGAAGCGACUUCACAGAGCUCAGGUUAUCCAGAGGCAGCUGGAGGAGGUUGAGGAGAAGCAGAGAGCUCUGGAGGAGAAGGGAGUGGCGCUGGAGAAGGUCCUCAGAGGAGAGAGUGGGAACACGUCAGCAGACGAGGCGGAGCUCCUGCACACGUGGUUUAAACUCGUCCUGGAGAAGAAUAAGCUGGUCAGAUACGAAUCGGAGCUCGUGAUCUUUGCUCAGGAGCUGGAGCUGGAGGACAGGCAGUCUCAGCUACAGCAGGAUCUCAGGUGCAGGAUGGCCACUGAAGACUGUAAGAAGAGCGCGGCGGAGCUGGCGGAGGAACAGGCCCUGCUGGACGAAGUGAUGAAGGUGGUGGAGGAAAGAGAUCGUCUGGUGAGUCUGCUCGAGGAGCAGCGGCUGCAGGAGAAAGCCGAGGACCGCGACCUCGAGAGCCUCAUCCUCUCCAAGGGCUACCAGUUUCACUGGGCGUGACCGAGAAGGAGGAAGCGCUGAUUGAUGAGUUUAGGAUGGAGAUGAACACAAACUUGAUUAAAAAGGGAAGCGUUCUAGUACUCGUGAGCGUUUUGGAUAUUUAAUAAAGAUUACUCUUUAUUCAUUUCUUAAUCACGAACCUUAAACAGGUCCUGGAUCUGCGUUUUCACUCAGAUACACAGAGUGAAGAUGUUUCUCACUCCGAUACGACCAGCUACGCGCUGGAGAGAUUUUACGUACUGUACAUGUCCCGCCACUUCUGACUGAGCACUGAUCAUUUCACGUUCUAUCUUUGCAGCAAAAGCCCCAAAUAAACAUCCUGCUUCAUCACUGCUGCUCCUUUUAAAAUAAAAAUGCACCAGGAUGUGUGUCGUAAGCCAUCACUAAUGAGUUAUUUAUUUACAGUAGGCUUCAUCUCCACUGAGUGGCAGCCUUAAAACAUGUGAAGUGUGAAACGCUCGUGUUUUGUGAAAAACCGUCGUCACGAGGGUGCGUUAAUGCUGUUUAACGUCGAUGCUCUGAUCUUGUAAACGUCUGUCAAUUUAAUGUGAAUAACUUUUCUGUUCUGUUGUUGACCAGCAGUUGACCAGCAUGACUCCUCCGUCAUGUCCUUUAAUCUGUUCCGUGUUUAAUUUGAUUUGAAACGUAGCCGAAUGAGGCACGGAGUGAUUUAAUAAAUGAAAGCUGAUUUAAUUUAAUAAAGACGGCAAUCUCUGUUUGCUGAUGGAUGUC